CAUUAAAUUAAAAAAAAAAAUUGGCUUUAAAGACGGAGCUUGACCCUCCCUAUAUACGAAGUGCAAACUCAAGCAUCCAACCAUCCGAAAUUGGGCCAACAGAUAAGAAGCUAGUGGCAGCACUAAUGGCCUCUACGAAUCCUAUAGCAAGACUGGCAAAUAAAGUAGCAAUUGUCACCGGUGGAGCUCGUGGCAUUGGAGAGUGUAUUGUGAGGUCGUUUGUGGAGCAUGGAGCAAAAGUAGUUAUUGCUGAUAUUAGAGAUGACUUAGGAAAAUCGGUAUGUGAAGACAUAGGUGUUGGGCAAGUUUGUUUCAUUCAUUGUGAUGUAGCCGUCGAAUCAGAUAUCGAGCAUGUUGUCAACGCCACUAUCGCUAAAUACGGGAAACUAGACAUCAUGGUUAACAAUGCAGGGAUAAUCGAUGAGCCCAAACUUAGUAUUCUAGACAAUGACAAGUCAGAUUUUGAGCGUGUUAUUGGCGUCAACUUAACUGGAGUUUUCUUGGGAACUAAACAUGCGGCACGGGUGAUGAUCCCAAAUUGCAAUGGAAGCAUCAUUACGAUUGCAAGUGUAGCUUCUAUAACAGGUGGGUGUGCGAGUCAUGCUUACACGAGCUCAAAACAUGGUGUGGUGGGACUGACGAAGAAUGCUGCUGCAGAGCUUGGGAAGUAUCAAAUUCGUGUCAACUGCAUAUCUCCCUGUGUUAUACCAACUGUUAUCGCGUGUCAAUUUUUUAAUAUUGAUGAUACCUCAAGUGUUUACUCUAACCUUAAGGGCAAGACACUUGAAGCAAAAGACGUCGCAAAUGCAACUCUCUUUUUAGCAAGUGAUGAGUCUGGCUACAUAAGUGGACAUAACAUGGUGGUAGAUGGUGGUUAUAGUGUUUUGAAUCCUACAUUUGGCUUGUUUUCAUGGCCACCAAAGUAGAAUCUUAUAUAUGGACUUUGAAUUUAUGUUGUGUGUUUGUUCUUCUUUGUGCAAGUAUUGAUGUAAUAAUGUUGUAGGAUGUAACUACAACUAUAAGUGCUCGGAUUUGCUACCAAUAUUGAAUUGUUGGUGACAAAAUCUUUAUCUUUAUUUUUA